AUGCCUGUUCGCAGGGGGCAUGUGGCACCACAAAACACAUUUUUGGGGACAAUCAUACGGAAAUUUGAAGGGCAAAAUAAAAAAUUUAUCAUUGCAAAUGCCAGAGUGCAGAACUGUGCCAUCAUCUACUGCAACGAUGGGUUCUGCGAGAUGACUGGUUUCUCCAGGCCAGAUGUCAUGCAAAAGCCAUGCACCUGCGACUUCCUCCAUGGGCCCGAGACCAAGAGGCAUGAUAUUGCCCAAAUUGCCCAGGCGUUGCUGGGGUCAGAGGAGAGGAAAGUGGAGGUCACCUACUAUCACAAAAAUGGUUCUACUUUCAUUUGUAACACUCACAUCAUUCCAGUGAAAAACCAAGAGGGCGUGGCUAUGAUGUUCAUCAUUAAUUUUGAAUAUGUGUCAGAUGAAGAAAAUUCUGCUUCCCCAGAGAGGCUAAAUACAAUAUUACCAGUCAAAACUGUAAACCGGAAACUUUUUGGGUUCAAGUUCCCUGGUCUGAGAGUUCUCACUUACAGAAAGCAAUCUUUACCACAAGAAGAUCCCGAUGUGGUAGUGAUCGAUUCAUCUAAGCACAGCGAUGAUUCCGUAGCCAUGAAGCACUUUAAGUCUCCUACUAAAGAAAGCUGCAGCCCCUCGGAAGCAGAUGAUACAAAAGCCUUGAUACAGCCCAGCAAAUGUUCCCCCUUGGUGAAUAUAUCCGGACCUCUUGACCAUUCCUCUCCCAAAAGGCAAUGGGACCGACUCUAUCCCGACAUGCUGCAGUCAAGCUCCCAGCUGACUCAUUCCAGAUCAAAGGAAAGCAUUUGUAGUAUACGGAGGGCUUCAUCGGUUCAGGAUAUAGAAGGAUUCAGUGUCCACCCCAAGAACAUAUUUAGAGACCGACAUGCCAGUGAAGACAAUGGUCGCAAUGUUAAAGGGCCUUUUAAUCAUAUCAAGUCAAGCCUCCUGGGAUCCACGUCGGAUUCAAACCUCAACAAAUACAGCACCAUUAACAAGAUUCCACAGCUCACUCUGAAUUUUUCAGAUGUCAAAACUGAAAAAAAGAACACAUCCCCUCCUUCUUCAGAUAAAACCAUUAUUGCACCCAAAGUUAAAGAUCGAACACACAAUGUGACAGAGAAAGUUACCCAGGUUCUCUCUUUAGGAGCAGAUGUCCUACCAGAAUAUAAACUGCAGACACCACGCAUCAACAAGUUUACAAUAUUGCACUACAGUCCUUUCAAGGCCGUCUGGGAUUGGCUUAUUCUGCUGUUGGUCAUAUACACUGCUAUAUUCACUCCCUACUCUGCAGCCUUUCUCCUCAAUGACAGAGAAGAACAGAAAAGACGAGAAUGUGGCUAUUCCUGUAGCCCUUUGAAUGUGGUAGACUUGAUUGUGGAUAUUAUGUUUAUCAUAGAUAUUCUAAUAAACUUCAGAACAACAUAUGUAAAUCAAAAUGAAGAAGUGGUAAGUGAUCCAGCCAAAAUAGCAAUACACUACUUCAAAGGCUGGUUCCUGAUUGACAUGGUUGCAGCAAUUCCUUUUGACUUGCUGAUUUUUGGAUCUGGUUCUGAUGAGACAACAACAUUAAUUGGUCUUUUGAAGACAGCUCGACUCCUUCGUCUUGUGAGAGUGGCCCGAAAACUUGAUCGAUAUUCAGAAUAUGGGGCUGCUGUUCUAAUGCUCUUAAUGUGCAUAUUUGCCCUGAUUGCUCACUGGCUGGCUUGUAUUUGGUAUGCGAUUGGGAACGUAGAAAGGCCCUACCUGACUGACAAAAUCGGAUGGUUGGAUUCCUUAGGACAACAAAUUGGGAAACGUUACAAUGACAGUGACUCAAGUUCUGGGCCAUCCAUUAAAGACAAAUAUGUCACAGCACUUUAUUUUACCUUCAGCAGUUUAACGAGUGUAGGAUUUGGGAAUGUGUCGCCUAACACCAAUUCGGAGAAAAUCUUUUCAAUUUGUGUCAUGUUGAUUGGCUCACUAAUGUAUGCAAGCAUUUUUGGGAACGUAUCAGCAAUUAUCCAAAGACUAUACUCCGGAACUGCCAGGUACCACAUGCAGAUGCUGCGAGUAAAAGAGUUCAUUCGCUUUCACCAAAUCCCCAACCCUCUGAGGCAACGGCUUGAAGAAUAUUUCCAGCAUGCAUGGACUUACACCAAUGGCAUUGACAUGAACAUGGUCCUAAAGGGUUUCCCAGAAUGUUUACAAGCUGACAUUUGUCUACAUCUCAACCAGACUUUGCUGCAAAACUGCAAAGCCUUUCGAGGGGCAAGUAAAGGUUGCCUUAGAGCUUUGGCAAUGAAGUUCAAGACCACCCAUGCACCUCCAGGAGAUACCCUGGUUCACUGUGGGGACGUCCUCACUGCACUUUAUUUCUUAUCCAGAGGCUCCAUUGAAAUCCUCAAAGAUGACAUUGUGGUAGCUAUUCUGGGAAAAAAUGAUAUAUUUGGAGAAAUGGUUCAUCUUUAUGCCAAACCUGGAAAGUCUAAUGCAGAUGUAAGAGCUCUCACGUACUGUGACUUGCAUAAGAUCCAGAGAGAAGACUUGCUAGAGGUUUUGGACAUGUAUCCUGAGUUUUCUGAUCACUUUCUCACAAACCUAGAGUUGACUUUCAACCUAAGGCAUGAAAGUGCAAAGGCUGAUCUCUUAUUACAAUCCCAGUCCAUGAAUGAUUCUGAAGGAGACAACUGUAAACUACGCAGAAGGAGAUUGUCAUUUGAUAGUGAAGGAGAGAAAGGAAGCACUACAAAUGAUCCCGAAGACUCUGUAGAUACCAUAAGACAUUAUCAGAGGUCCAAGAAACACUUUGAAGAGAAAAAAAGCAGAUCUUCAUCUUUCAUCUCCUCUAUUGACGAUGAACAAAAGCCUCUCUUCUCAGGAAUUGUAGAUUCUCCUCCAGAAAUAGGGAAAGUAACUGGACUUGAUCUUGAAGAAACAGUACCCACCUCAGGAAGAAUUCCCAUAGAUAAAAGAAGUCACUCUUGCAAAGAUAUCGCUGACACCAGAAGCUGGGAAAGAGAGACUGCCGGAACUCAGGCUGAUGAGUCUAGUCCCUCAGCGCUUCCGAGAGCUGCCUGGGGCAUCUCUGAAACCGAAAGUGACCUCGCCUACGGAGAAGUGGAGCAAAGAUUAGAUCUGCUCCAAGAACAGCUUAACAGACUUGAAUCCCAAAUGACUGCAGACGUCCAGACCAUCUUACAGCUGCUGCAGAAACAAACCACUGUGGUCCCCCCAGCCUACAGUAUGGUAACUACAGGAACAGAGUAUCAGAGACCCGUCAUCCGCCUGAUGAGAACCAGUCAUCCGGUAGCAUCCAUCAAGACGGAUCGAAGUUUCAGUCCUUCCUCACAAUGUCCUGAAUUUCUAGACCUUGAAAAAUCUAAACUUAAAUCCAAAGAAUCCCUCUCAAGUGGGGUGCAUCUGAACACAGCUUCGGAAGACAACUUGACUUCACUUUUAAAACAAGACAGUGAUCUCUCUUUAGAGCUUCACCCCCCGAGGCAAAGAAAAACUUGCCUUCAUCCAAUUAGGCAUCCUUCUUUGACAGAUUCAUCCCUAAGCACUGUAGGAAUCUUGGGUCUUCAUAGGCAUGUUUCUGAUCCUGGUCUUCCGGGGAAAUAA